CGAAAUGGUCGCUAGCUCGGCACGUCAUAGAACCGCCAAUUGCAUUUAGUCGCGAAUCCCCCCCCUUGUCCUGUUCUCCUGUUCCUAAUCCGAGUUCGACUACCAUGCUGUCCCUCCUCCCGGACCUAACACCACGCGAUUCGCACUCGCUAUGGUACACCUCCUCCCGCAACCCCCUCUCGAGCUUCGCGUACGAUGCAAACCCUCAGCAGCCACAACAGCAGCAGCAGUUGCAGCAGGACAGCUCCUCCGGGAACCCCCACGGGGCUAAUAACCACCGCCGCGGGGCCCAUCUGGUUGAGCGGUCGCCGCUCGCACGCCUACGCGCUGACGAGCAGAACCUCGAGCGCCGCCGUCUAAACGUCGCUAACUUCGGUAGCGCAUGGCUCAAGCCUCCUGGCAUUCCCAAGACCCUGCACCAGCUGCGCGAGGAGCGCCGCGAGGCCGAAGAGCACCAGGAAGCAUUGCGUCGCGAGCAGCUGGCCCAGGAACUCGCCGAGGCUGAGGCCGCGGGCGUUAACGCCGUCGAAGCCGAUCUCGACGUGCAGGGCGACGAUGGGGUUAUGGACGACGUGCAAUUAGACGGAGCUAGGGACUUGGACGAAGACAUCCCUGAGGCGGAUGCCGACUUUGGUAUCGGAUCUGAUGAUGAGGAUGAAGAAGAUGAAGAUGAUAGUGACGAUGAUGACGACUCUGAAGAUGAUUCUGAAGAUGACGACGAUGAUGACCCAGAGCAAAGGGCAGCACAUGCGCAGCAGCAGCUCAUGGCACAAAGGAUGAGACAAGCCGACGACGCAUUUCGCGAAUCAGGGCUUCGCGGCCGAGAUAGCAAUUACUACGGUGUCGACGACGAAGUAGACGACGAAGACCAAGCCCAGAUGAUCGAGGAAGACGACCUAAUCGGUCACGGAGACGGCGCGGACAUGGACAUGGACGCCGACCUCGACGAUGAUAUCCCCGAAGCGGAGGACGGAGGCUAUGAGCACACGGACUCUGAGGCGGAUAUGAGCAGCGACGAAGAAGAUGACCAACCCGAGAUGAGCUUUGCCGCACAGGCAUCUCAGCAGGCGUCCCAGCAGGCGUCACAACAACAUAGGUACAGGCAUAGUCUAGCACGUAGCGACGCGACGCGACAUAGCCUCGCUAUUAGCGAUAUCCUAUCCCACGACGGUGACAGCAUCGGAAGCAGCCCGCAAUUCCAACGGCGAGGCAGCGGUCCCGCGCGUCGAGCUCGAGGUUGAAGAUUGGGCCUUGCUUGUAUUCAGACCACAUCUCAUCGCAUCACUUUGCAUCGCAUCUGCAUUAGUACCUUAAGAUACCCAUCCCCUUUUAUUGUUCUUCGUUCUUCCGCGCCGCCCCCCCUAUGGAGAAUCCGUAGCCAGCCAGCCAGCCAACC